AGCGCACCACGCCAACUACUAUAAAUGCUGUUAGUGUCAAACAGGGAGUACAGUUCACAGCUCUAAGCAUCCCUGAACACAUAGAACCAAACCACAAAAAUGGCCCUUAAGUUGGUGAUCUUCUCCUGCCUCUUGGCUUUGGCUUACGGAAGCGCGGUACCCGCAGCCAUUGCCGCAGCCCCCGUGGUCGCAGCUGCUCCCGUCGCAGCCAGGCUUGAAGAAUUCGACCCCCUGCCGCAGUACAGGUUUGGUUACGACGUAGCCGACUCUCUCACUGGAGACUACAAGAGCCAGCAAGAAGAACGCAAUGGUGACCUGGUCCAGGGAUCUUACUCCGUUGUUGAUCCUGACGGCACUCGCCGUGUUGUAGACUAUGCUGCCGACUCCAUCAACGGUUUCAAUGCUGUGGUGCGCAAGGAGCCGCUCGUCGCAGCUGCGCCCGCCGUCGUCGCUGAACCUGCGGUUGUUCCUGCUCGCAUCGCCGCUGCUCCUGUUGCUGCUGCCGUUGCACCGGCCCCGGUCGUUGCCGCCGCUAGAUACGCCGCUGCUCCCUUAGUAGCUAACUAUGCCCCCGCUCCUGUAGUAGCUCGUUAUGCCGCUGCUCCCGUAGCCGCUGCCCCCGCCGUAGCAGCUCCUGUAGUAGCUCGUUAUGCUGCUGCUCCCGUAGCUGCCGCCCCUGUUGCAGCGCCAGUAGUAGCGCGCUAUGCCGUUGCUCCUGUAGCAGCUCGUUAUGCCGCUGCCCCCGUUGCCGCUCCCGUAGUGGCUCAAUAUGCCGCUGCUCCCGUGGUAGCGCGUUAUGCCGCCGCUCCCGUAGCCGCUGCCCCCGUAGCCGCUCCCGUGGUGGCUCGUUAUGCCGCCGCCCCAGUGGUAGCUGCUAACUACGCCGCCGCUCCCUAUGCCUACAGCUCGUACACCGCUUACGCUGCACCGCUCUCAGCAGCGUACACAUACGCGGCUGCGCCUGUAGCCGCCGCCUACACCGCGCCAGUCGCCGCCCCGGUCGCUGCGCCCGCGCCUGUGGUCCCCACAGCCGUCGCUCCCGCCGUCCGCGCCGCCCCUGCCAAGCUCGUUGAACCCGUCGCCGCUGCCGGUUACCGCUACCCUUAAGAACAUAACCAAACCGAUGGCGGCUCACUAUGAACUAAGACUUGAUUUGUAAAUAUUUUUUUUAGCUAUUUUGUUUAUUUUUUACCUUACAACAAUUAAACAAGUUGAGUAAAUUCUGA